CCAUUUCAGAUUCAGGGGGCCGAGCCAUAGAUAUCUAUGGGCCGAGUAAACUCCCGCGAAGGAAUUAGGUCAACCUAGCGGAGGUGUCCGUUUCUUCAUUGAAAAACAUACUUCAUAAAUUGUACUUCUUCUCUGUCGUCAAACGGUUUGGUUAUCGUGCUCCGAUGCGUGUUAUUUGGUUGCUGCGGAUGAUUUUUUCCAGCCCGGGCUGAAGAAGUGUCAAGUGUCAGUUUGUCGGAUUUCCCUGCUAACAAGCUAGUAAGCUAGCUGAGUGUAAACAACAAGGAUGAAGCGGAUUAAAGGAGGAGAGGAGGACAGCAACAGCUCCUCCAGUGAGAGCCCACCAGAGGCCCACAAGAAGGUGCGGAAGCAACAGGGCGAGGACUCGGAGGCAACUGUAGCAAGUGAGACACCAGAGAUUGCCUGGGCACGACUGCCUCAGGAGCUCCUACUACACAUCUUCCAGUACCUUCCGCUGCUGGAUCGGGCUUAUGCUUCUCAGGUGUGUCGCAGGUGGAACCAAGCUUUCCACAUGCCUGAGCUGUGGAGAUGCUUUGAGUUUGAACUUAACCAGCCGGCCAGCUCGUACCUGAAAGCCACACACCCAGACCUCAUAAAGCAGAUCAUAAAAAGGCACUCCAACCAUCUGCAGUAUGUCAGCUUCAAGGUGGACAGUAGUACAGAGUCUGCAGAAGCAGCAUGUGACAUCCUUUCCCAGUUGGUGAAUUGCUCUCUGAAGACCUUGGGGCUCAUUUCUACAGCCAGGCCCAGUUUCAUGGAGGUUCCAAAGUCUCAUUUCAUCUCAGCUCUGACUGUGGUGUUUGUCAACUCCAAAUCGUUGUCUUCGCUGAAGAUUGAUGACACGCCGGUUGAUGAUCCGUCUCUGAAAGUGCUGGUGGCAAACAACAGUGACACCUUGAAACUGCUGAAGAUGAGCAGCUGCCCUCACGUCUCCCCAGCAGGGAUCCUGUGUGUGGCAGACCAGUGUCACGGCCUAAGAGAGCUUGCACUAAACUACCACCUAUUGAGUGAUGAACUCCUGCUGUCCCUCUCCUCUGAGAAACAUGUCCACCUGGAACACUUGCGGAUUGAUGUGGUGAGCGAGAACCCCGGCCAGCACUUCCACACCAUCAAGAAGAGCAGCUGGGAUGCCAUGAUGCGGCACUCGCCCAAGUUCAACCUGGUCAUGUACUUCUUCCUCUAUGAGGACGAGUUCGGCCCAUUCUUUAACGAGGAGAUCCCAGUCACGCACCUGUACUUCGGUCGCUCGGUCAGUAAGGAGGUCUUAGGGCGCGUCGGCCUCCACUGCCCUCGUCUGGUGGAGCUGGUGGUGUGCGCAAACGGCCUGCGUCCUCUGGAUGAGGAGCUGAUCCGCAUCGCCAAGCACUGCACCCAGCUGUCAGCCAUUGGUCUGGGAGAGUGCGAGGUUUCCUGCAGCGCGUUUGUGGAGUUCGUCAAGAUGUGUGGCAGGAGGCUUUCCCAGCUCUCCAUCAUGGAGGAAGUGCUGAUUCCAGAUCACAAAUACAGCCUGGAUGAGAUCCACUGGGAGGUUUCUAAGCACCUGGGCCGGGUCUGGUUUCCAGACAUGAUGCCGACCUGGUAAAGUGAAGCCAAAGAGGCACGCAGUAAUUUUAGUUUGUGGUGUCGGACAUUCUCAGCCUCCAUGUUUGCAUAGAAAAGCCUUUAAAUGCUCAGUUGUAGUGGAAUGUUUGGUGCCAACAUGGAGAGCACAAACGUGCAGAGCUCCCUGUGUGGAAUGCAGGGCAGGGAUGUAUUGUGACUGCUACAAACUUAUCAUGUCAUGCAAAUCUCUGCCUGUUAGCUUAAAAAUAGACUGUGGAAUCCUGCUUUGCCUAAUCUGGAGACGGACCUCGUCAGGCCGGCUUCUGCACAUAUAAAACAAUCAGCACAGACCAGAGUAGGUGGAAAUAUAUGACUAAAAACAAUGUUUUUAUAACUGCUAAUUGAGUUAUAUGGACAUGUAGUCAGGGUAUAAUAAUCUAUAUUAUGAGAGAUCAGUGUGUGUGUGUGUGUGUGUGUGUGUGUGUGUGUCUGUCUCUGUGUCUGUGUAUGUAUGCAUAUGUGAAUGUGUGCUUUAAUGUUUUUUACAUCGUGGAGUAAUUUGGGACAAUUAGAUGCACAAUUGCAUGUUGUUACACUACCACUUGGCCUACUUUAAUUUAGUCUGAGAUAGCAGCUCUGCACUCUAACAAAACAUGGCAUUGGAGUUAUCCAAAUAGCUGCGAUGUUAUUUGUACAUACAGAAGGCGUUUUUGUCCUGUGUCGUCGAGUGGGAGGAUUAAUUUUGCAGAAGAGUGGCUGGGUCCUACACCUUCAUUUUAAACUAAUUUAAUCAUAAAGAGCAUUAGCAGUGUUGACGCCGUUUUGCUCUUCCUCCUCGCCCGAGCUCAGUCGUGCAUCAAAACAGAAAACAUGAUUGUCAGAGAUGUUGGCCAGGGGAGAAAAGUUAAAUGUGUAUAUAGGUCUCUAUCUUUGUGAUGUGAAGGUGUACAGUGUUGAUUGAUGUCAUGGAUUUUUUUUUUUUUUGCAUCAAUUGGCCUGACAAGUUAAUUAAUUUCACAGUUAUGUUUUUAAAGAAGGUUCUGUACAGUCAUAGAUUUCCUAAGCACCUUACAUGAAACCAAAUAAUAUUCAGGAUAUAACAAGUCCUUUCACCACAUGAAAGCAAGGAAACAAUCUUUAAAUUGCUCCAUUUUUUUUAUCAGUUGAACCCAGAAUCGAAUGAUAAUUAUCUACACAAUUCUGUGGUUCUAUUGAGUCAGAUAUCGAGGACAGUUUAUUGAAGUAAUUUAGCUAUAAUUCCGAAAAAAAAAUUCUAUGUAAAUAUAGAUAGUGCACAGAAGUGGAGGUAGAAAUUGGGGCGAUUGCUUUGUUUUAAUUCAGUAGACUUGUCCCCUGCAGCUCUUAGCUUACAAUGCACGCUGAGAAUGCAAAAUUAAAACUUUGUGUCACUCAGGUGCAUUUAAUAAAUAUGUUUCCCUAAAUAGGUUUCAUUUUUAUCUUCUGCUAUUUGCCUGUUCAAGCUCUAAACCUUAGCUCUUUGUCGUGAAUAUCUGCCCUCCUGUCAGCUCACGUUUGCUCUGUAUCGUGUCGCCGUAUCGUAUAUACAUACAGGAGACGAAGCAGUUUAUUCAUCUUGUCAUUACAGAAGCUGUCUUUGCAGAUAUCACUAGCGCUCCUGUCCAAAACAUCCAUUCAGUUCAGUCGAAAAGAGAUUAGACAAGUCAGAUGAGUGAAACAAACUUUUUUUUCCUUUAAGAAGGAAGUUAAAUGCAUCUGUAUAUAAAACGCUGUGUGUUUUGAUUAUUAUGAAUAGAAAUGUACCUAUUUCUUUAUUUCGCCCUCUGUCAGGGUUUGAAGUUUCCUUAACCAAUGGCUCGUGUCUUUUAUAAAACCAGAGUGCGAGUUAUCCUUUACUAGAUGGAUCUUUUUCAUACUGUAGUCACAAGAGAAGGUGAGCUGUGUAAUUUAUUGAUAUGGAUACUGCUUUUGUAAUUAAUUUGUGUUUUUCAGCCAUACAAAAGAAGCAAUCAUUAAUAACCAGCAAGCAGACCAGCAGCAGGGUCAGGAUUUGUUUUGGUUUUGACACUUUCACUUCUAUGAUUUUGUUGCAUGUUGGUGGUCCAAAAGUUUGAAAUCCUCUGUCACAAGCUUUAAAUAAUCCAUAGACACACAGGAGAGACUUUAAGGAAUAUAUUCCAAAACAAAAGCAGAAAGUGAAUCAAACCAUGCACUCUUCCUGCAGAUGAAUGCUUUUGUUUUUAACAGUGGGAUAAUGGUUGCUUUACACCCGCUUAAAAUAAAUUUAAAGAAUAGUGCUGCCUGACUUCCUUUUCAGUCACAAGAUCUGAAUCCUACUUAUAAUCAUGAUAAAGAUUUUAUGAAGGGACAAUGUGAAAGUUCAUUUAAGAAGACCCACUCAGGCUUUGGAUUAAAAAAUAUCUUCAGGACCUUGUAAAAGGUUGACCAAAUAAUAAGGUAAAAUCAAGUUUUAAUCAAGUCAUUGAAAGUGUUAAGAGAUUUCAUUAGAAGAGAUACAAUUUGACAAAAUGGUUUACCUUUUGGACAACACUGCAUGUCCUUUAGAUCUGCAGAUAACCCAGUUUUUGAAAUGUUUUUGUUUUUGUUAUGUACCAUGUGUUCUGGGUGAUGGUUCAGUAUGUAAACAAGAACCCCUGCAGCCCUACUAUCACUGACAGUAAUAUACCUGCGCUGAUUGUUUUAAAAAAAAUAAUUUGUGCAGUGCAUUACGGUUGCAUUUCUAAAGUGAAGGUUGUGUCUCAAUACUGUACUGGUUUUAAACAUUUUCCUGUUGUCUUUCUUGACUUUUAUUGGAAACUUCAGUUGGAUGAUGGAAAUGUUUCAUUUAAAUCCAGAUCAAAUACAUCAGAAAUGGUUACCUUAACCUCGGUUGUUCAGAGUGCCCUCUGGUAAGUUUUAUUUGAAGUAAACUGGUGUUGACAACACCGCAUUUUUAGUUUUGCUUCUGUAUGGCAAAUGCUUUGUCUACUUUGCUUAACUGGUCACCUGUCUUGAAAUUCAAAUUAUUGUUUUGGACAUGUGAUCUCAUACUGAUAAUAAAAAAUCGUGAAUGUA